ACCUCACAGAGAACUAAAGGCAAGGACAUGCCAUUUUAAUUAAUUUAAAUUUGAUAUUAUAAAGGUAUGAGGUGAAACACUGGACUUUUGUUUCCCCCUCUGCUUUGCAUAAUGUGCCUAUACUCUGCCCUGCAUAAUGUGCCUAUACUCUGCUCUGCAUAAUGUGCCUAUACUCUGCCCUGCAUAAUGUGCCUAUACUCUGCUCUGCAUAAUGUGCCUAUACUCUGCCCUGCAUAAUGUGCCUAUACUCUGCUCAAGCCACAGCCUAACAUAACCCUGUGUCAUGUGGUUCGGUUUGCUGCUUUUCUCUCAGCCCAUUGUUCUUAUGGUUUCCCAGCCCCACCUUGACAGGCUGUUUUCAGUUACUUUCUUCAUUUUACCUUUAAAGUGAAAACUCAUUACUUAAACCAGCUUGCAUUAUUACUUUGCAUGUCUAGUAUAAUAACUAUUUCAAAGCAGCAAUUAACCAUUAUAAUCAUUGUAGUUAAAUCAACAGUGUCAUUAUGAAUUUCUUUGGUAAUUACUGAUUGGAAUUACAAUUGUAUCUGCAUAGAUUUUCUACCACAGUUACUCAUAGUACGUUGUUUGGUAUAAUUUAACAGAGGUAUCAUAAUCAAGAGAGAGCGGCAGAUUAGGUUAUCAAGUAUUUAGCAGAUCUCCAUGGUAACCAUUGUGUGCUGUAUAUAUCCUGAAGUACUUUAACAACCAUCAUGUAAUGACUACAAAGAUAAGUGUUACAAUUUCAACACAUAUAAUUACAAUAGAAUAGAAUAGAAUAGAAUAGAAUAGAAUAGAAUAGAGAUAAUCUUUGUCAGGAAGCUGCAGUGUAAUGUAGUCUGGGCACUGGAGGAAUGAGUCACAUUUAGUAGGAAAACAGCUGAUACAUUCCUGAACAGUUAAUUGUGCCUUAUGACCAAAUGAAGGCCAACUUUGGCGCAUUUCCGCAAAGUAUUCUGGGUGAGGCUGUAACCAAACAAACAAGCUACUGGCCAUUUUGUAUCACCAUGCUGUUUAUUUUUUUUUCUUGGCUAGUGCAACAAUACACACACACACACACACACACACACACACACAGAAACCUGUAUUCAUAUCCUUGUGGAUGCCAUCCAUUCAUUUGUAUUGGCAAAACCCUAACCCCAUCAAUGAUGACCUUAACCCCCACCCAGGCCUAACCUUAACCAUUAGUACCCAAACAAAAGACUUUUCGGCAUUUACAUUUUUUGACUGCAGUCACAAAUUUUUAUAAAAUUGAUUUUCACAUCUGGGGGCCCAAGUGAGGCCCUUAGCCCCCAGCUCCAUGGGCACCCCUGCCCUCCACUGCCCAGCUUUACUUCACCUACACGUGUGUCAUGGAGAGCUGGACAGGAUAGGUGAAAAGAGAAUUUCCCCACAGGAAUCAAUAAAUUGUCAUUAUUAUUGUAUAUAGAGAGAGUAUAUAAAUGCCUGCAUGUUUUGUGUCUUAUAACAAUAUGAUUAUUAACAAAGUUUCAGUGAAAGGUAAAUUAUAUUUACAGUUGGCUUUUUGAACCAUUAUUUAAAAAGUACACAAUACGUACAACUCAGCACAUUGUUGGUCUUCCUCAUUAUUCCCGACAACACAUGUCACAGAAUGUUAGAAUGAAAAGGCAAAGGUAUUUGUGGUCUUUAUAGCAGCGCGGCGUGUGAAUGAGCAGGUCUGGCACAGUGGUGUGACACCAGGAGCUGCCAGAGACCCACAGACAUCCACAGGAACUGCCCCGUCAACAUUAUCAGCUGCCCCCAAAAUCCCAGCCCCUACUGCACCACAGUGUGGACAUCAUGAAUCAGUGGUUUUUAGAGGCAUUAAAGCCACAAACAGCAGAGAAGUGAUGGAGAAUUUAGCCAAGAACGUUUUUGUGUUUGUAGGGUAAGACUUUCUAUUCAAAUGACCAGCUCUUGCUUCCCAUGUGUGGUAGUUAUUGGUACUUUAUAAGAAGAAAAUGGAGCAGUGUCCUUCAUAGCCUUUAUUCCCGGUCUUGCUGCUUAUUUUUCAUGGUCGGCCUAAGAGUGCUGAGCCUGAUUUACAUGGCAGUGACCCAGCGGCGGGAUUUUGAUGACACACCAGCCCCCGGGUUUCUCAACCCUGCAUGGAUGGCGUCAGUCCCUGACAGCCGGCCCCUGUCCGAGGUCACGCUCCCCGGCAGCCACAACACCAUGGCGCGGUACGGGGGAGCCCCGACUCGGUGCCAGUCCUGGCCCCUGGCCUUACAGCUGCGGGCUGGCGUGCGGUUCCUGGACGUGCGGGUCCGUCACGUGAAGGGCAAUCUCACCAUCCACCAUGGUGUGGUGUACCAGCGGGCUCACUUUGGUGACGUUCUUGAAGACGUGGCUGCGUUUCUCCAUGAGAGGCCUACUGAGGCCGUACUGAUGCGGCUCAAGGAGGAAUUCAGCGAAACUAAUGACAUCUACGGGUCGGUGGUCAGCUACAUCCACCGCUAUGCCCAUUGGAACCUGCUAUGGCAUAGCCGCCUGGUGCCAACUAUGGUGCAGGCCCGUGGAAAGCUCAUCAUCCUGCAGGACUUCGUUGGCCCAGACCUCGGCAUGCGUUAUGGAUCCCUGGACAUCGCUGACGAGUGGAAGGUGCCGACAUUCCUUCACUUGCCGGCAAAGUGGGAGACUGUGCGCAAGCACUUGGGAGCCGCUGAGGCCGGGAACAAGGCCCAGAUGUUCCUCACUUACUCAAGUGGAGCCGGGAUCUUCGCCUAUCCGAUUUCCGUGGCCCGACACAUCAAUGCCCAGCUCUUAGACCACCUCGCGCUCAGGGCAGGAAAGCCCAGGCGCUAUGGCAUCCUGGCCAUGGACUUCCCUGCCGCUCCACUCCUGCAGACCAUCAUUAACUUCAACUGAUGUGGAAGUAUAGC